AGCAACGAACUAGACAUUUCUGGUUGUGUCUAGGAAGUGGCGCCUUCCCUAUGGGGACAGUAUGGCUUUGAGUUCGCACUAUAAUUGCGCUAGUCAAUCGACCAUGCUCUCGUCAGCAACGGAGUUCACGAUACGCUCGAAAGCAAUGCUACCGUGAUCAAAGCGACCACAUGGCAUUGCAUUUGUAGAAUCGUGUCGCAAGCGACCAAAUAUAUAUUAGAGCAGAAGAAGUGCGACAUGCUCCUUUCCAAGUCAAAGCAUCAGUUCACAGCCUUCACUCCAACACCAAUCAAAAUGCUCUCCAAGACACUACUCUGGCUUGUCCCAACGGCACUGGUCACAGCUGCUCCACACAAUGCCCUAAGCGCACUCACCUGCACAGAAAUUGAGAUUCCAGUCAAUAUUUCGUCUCCGGUUUUGAACUUGCCUAACAACCUCAACCUCUUGUCUGUUCAGGACCCCUCGUUCUUGAGCAAGUUCGUGGCAGGACUAGGAUCGACGAUUGCCGCAGGACAAUAUAGUAUUGGCGCGAGAUACUGCGAGCCGACAACGAUCGUUGCUUCAAGGAGUAAUACUUUGCAAAUUUUGGUGCAUGGUAGCACAUACACCAGAGACUACUGGUCAGGCCUCGCAGCUCCCGGAACACAACCUGGUCAAGACCAAUACUCCUGGAUCCUCUACGCCGCCAACCAAGGCUAUCCCACCCUCUCCGUAGACCGCCUCUGCAACGGCGGUUCAACACGAGGCCUCAGCGCAAAAGAUUGCCAACUCCCCACCCAAGCCGAAACCCUCUACUCUGUAAUCCAAUCCGCUCGUUCAGGAACUCUGCCCACCGCCCAACGUUCUUUCAAUAAAAUUAUCUACGCAGGCCACUCUUACGGCGCAAUGGUCGGCAAUGCCCUCUCGAUCCAACAUCCCGAAGCAGUGGAUUCCUACCUCAUGACAGGUUUCUCGUUCAAGCUCCUCCAAGGCCAAGCCGGUGUGAUCGUUCAAUCAGGUUUUCAGCCCGCGGCAGUAGCUCUUCCGAACAAGUACGGCCACCUCGAUCCAGGCUACGUAACCUUCACAAAUGGUCCCGGCGUUCGCAGCGUGUUCUACCACGGUGAUUUCGACGACGCUGUCUUUCAACAAAAAUAA